UACUGGAAGAGCGAGUCGAAUGUAUUUCCACGCGUCAUGACCGCUAUGUCAAUACAAUAACAAUUCUCUGAAAGUGAAAAAGUCAGCCGAUAGUUCCGAACGUGUCAUUUAGGAAGGGCCUCGAAUAUUAUUCGUCAAUGCAGCUGCAACAGUCUGAUUGGAUGGUUGUAAUUGAAUUCGGCAUACAGUGGGUUUUCGACUGCAAAACAAUUGGAAACUUUGAAGUGCUUAACUCACGGGCUAGAAUAGCAGAAAAACGCAUUUGCGGUGGUUAAAUUUUUAACAUUUUCCUGGGGAGCGUGAGGUCCCACUGAUUGCUUGUUUGGGAUUUAGGUUAAGUCACCUAAGUUUAAUAUAUUCAAUAUGGCCAGUGUAAAAUGUAUAUUAGUAACUGGGGGUGCGGGUUAUAUAGGUAGCCAUACAGUUAUAGAACUAUUAGAUGCUGGAUAUGAUGUUGUAGUACUGGAUAAUCUAGUCAAUGCUAGUAUGGAAAGUAUUAAAAGAGUAGAAGAAAUUAGUGGGAAAAAGAUUCAGACAUACAAUGUAGAUUUACUGGAUGCUAAAGCUUUAGAAGAUGUUUUUAAUAAGCACAAAUUUGAUGGAGUGAUUCAUUUUGCUGGUUUAAAAGCUGUAGGUGAAUCAUGUGAACUGCCAUUGUUAUAUUAUAAAACCAAUGUUGGUGGAACUAUGAAUUUAUUAGAGAUAAUGGAGAAGAAAAACGUAAAGAACAUAGUAUUUUCUAGUUCUGCUACAGUAUAUGGUACACCAAAUUAUUUACCUCUUGAUGAGAAACAUCCUGUUGGAGGCUGUACAAAUCCUUAUGGUAAAACUAAAUACUUUAUAGAGGAAAUAUUACGAGAUGUUUGUAAAGCUAACAAGGAAUGGAAUAUUGUUUUAUUGAGAUAUUUUAAUCCGGUUGGUUCUCAUAUAUCUGGUAAAAUUGGAGAAGAUCCACAGGGUCUUCCAAAUAAUCUCAUGCCAUUUGUAGCCCAAGUUGCUGUUGGUAAGAGAAAAGAAUUGAAAGUAUUUGGUAGUGAUUAUGAUACACCUGAUGGUACAGGUGUUCGAGAUUAUAUUCACGUUGUUGACCUUGCAAAAGGUCACGUAGCUGCCCUUAAAAAGAUUGAAGAAAACUGUGGCUGCAAGACAUAUAACUUAGGCACAGGUAUAGGUUGUUCUGUAUUAGAUAUGGUAAAAGCUUUUGAAACUGCUUCCAGUAAAAAGAUACUGUAUAGCCUGGAACCACGUAGAGCAGGAGAUGUUGCUAGUUGUUAUGGUGCUACAGAUUUAGCUGAAAAAGAACUUGGAUGGAAAGCACAGAAAGAUUUAAAUACAAUGUGUGCAGAUUUAUGGAGAUGGCAAUCAUCAAACCCAAAUGGUUAUCGUGUUUGAUAAUGUAGUUCAUAGUUUGAAUUAUUAUAUAAGAUAUAUAGGAAACAUUUGUUAUAUGUUUAAGGGUUAAACAUCAACAUAGUGAUAAUACAGCUAGACGCCUUUGUCAUACCUAAAAGUAUUAUUCUUGUUAAAAGUCUUCCAAUUGUGUGUGUUAAUGAGUGGAUUUGGGUUAAGUUGACUUUUUAAAACAAAAACAACUAGAUCUGCCAGGCAGAUAUGAAAGCUUUCACAUUCAUGGUCACUUCUUGUCACAUGUCAUGGGAUAUAUAAAGAAUCUUAACAAGAAAAAAAAUAGUCUUGAUUAUAUACAUUAUGUGUUAUUGUAGUCUGGGUUUUUAUUUGUUUUAAAUAGGCUUUAUGUUUUAGAUAAAUCAAUAUAUAUUUAUUAUUUGGUAAUGUAAAUAUUGUUUGAUCCUGGUGGGUUUCAUUUAUGCUUUAUAUGUAUUCAAUAUAGGAAUAAAUAAUAUGAAUUUCUAAGAGAUAUAAAUGCAAUGAAUUAAUUAUUAAUGUUUAUGAGGUAGAAAUACAAUGAAUUUUAUUUUAUUAUU